CCAACCCCUCAUCCAUGGAUUCGCUUAUCCUUUCCCUCGGUGACUGUGUGGGGAAGUUGGGAUCCUCUCUGUAGACAUUUCUGUAUGACGAGGGCGCAGGUGGCAUCCAGAGGUCGCAGCCAUGCCGAUGCAUCCAGUCACCUCCACGCUGAUGUACCGGGGGAUCUGCACUAUCCCUGACAUCCUCUCCUACAGCGCGCCGGUGAACCUGCCUGAAGACGAAGUUGAAGAGAUCCGCGAGGCCUUCAAAGUGUUUGAUCGCGAUGGGAACGGGUUCAUCUCGAAGCAGGAGCUGGGCAUGGCCAUGCGUUCCCUGGGCUACAUGCCAAAUGAGGUGGAGUUGGAAGUCAUCAUCCAGAGACUGGACAUGGAUGGUGAUGGCCAGGUGGACUUUGAGGAGUUUGUCACUCUUCUGGGUCCAAAGCUGACAGCAGCUGGGUUACCAGACAAAUUCAACGGCACUGACUUUGACUCAGUUUUUUGGAAGUGUGACAUGCAGAAGUUGACAGUGGAGGAGCUGAAGAGGCUUCUGUAUGACACCUUCUGUGAUCAUCUUUCCAUGAAAGACAUCGAAAACAUCAUUAUGACCGAGGAAAAUCACAUAGAGAACCCCGAGGACUGCCAGGUGGAUAUAGACAGCUCCAGCCCGACGCAGCAAGUCAAGCAAACUUGUGUACGCAAAAGCCUCAUAUGCGCCUUUGCCAUUGCUUUCAUCAUCAGCGUCAUGCUCAUUGCAGCUAAUCAGGUGCUGCGAAGUGGCAUGAAAUAG